AUGCGCCCCCACGAGACCUGGCGUUUCCUCUACUACACCCAGCCUCUUCUUCCCGGUGGUGGUACUGGGAGGGCUUUCGAUGCCAGUGGCGGAGCCGACGGUGCGCUGGCCCUUCAACAGCAGCAGCAGCAGCAGCAGCAACGUCCAACUGAUCUCGGCCACCUUGACAUCACCUGGCGCUCG